AUGGGUCGCAAGCUUGGUCUCAUCAGAGCCGCGUACCUGGCCUCGGCCAGCUGUAUGGGGUCUUUUGCCUUUGCCUUUGACACGGGUAUCAUCAGUGGAGUUCUUUCCUUGACCUCAUUCCAAGAAGACUUUGGGUAUAGCCACUACACCAAGGCACAGAAGACUACUGUCAACUCAAAUGCGGUUUCUAUCCUCCAAGGCGGUGCCUUUUUCGGAUGCUUCCUCAUUUCUCCAAUCGCCUCGUACUUGGGUCGUCGCACCGGACUGAUCAUCAGCUCACUCGUUUUCACCCUGGGCACAAUCCUACAAGUCAUUAACACGCACACUCUUGGUACUUUUUAUGCAGGUCGUGUAGUUGCCGGGCUAGGCAUUGGUGCCGCGACUGUCUUGAUCCCGAUGUUCGCGGCCGAAAUGUCCCCCAAGGAAUUUCGCGGCCGGUUGGGGGCCUGUUUCCAGCUCUUCUUUGCACUCGGGGUGAUGAUCGCCUACUGGACAACGUACGCGGUCAGUAAAGACCAGGCUUCAGGUACUAGCCAGUGGCAAACAGCUCUUGGAUUGCAGCUCUUGGGUUCAACGCUGCUACUCGCGGGAAUGUGUACCGUGAAAGAGAGCGCGCGUUGGCUAGCUUCAAAGGGAAAGUUGGAGAAGGCGCGCGAGUCAUUGAAGUGGGUUCGUGGCGGCGAAGAGACGGAAGAGCUUGAACGGGAAUUCCAGGAGAUUUUGGCAGGUAUUGAAGAGGAGGCUCGCGUCAAGGAGAACCUCACCUUCAAAGAGCUGCUUCUCCCAGCCAACCGAUAUCGACUGUUCAUCGCUAUUACCAUCCAACUCUCGGCACAGCUUACGGGUAAUACCUCUCUCGCCUACUAUGCUACCCAGAUUUUCUCAGCUGUCGGUGCAGGCGGAGCCUCCAAGCUUGUCACCGGAUGCUUUGGUAUUGUCAAGGUUGUGGGCGUCAGCACAUUCCAGUUAUUUGUUCUAGACCGUGUCGGUCGUCGAGUUCCAUUCAUGGCUGGGGCCUUUGCAAUGGGUUCUUUCAUGCUCAUUAUUGCCUGUAUCCUGGCCACUCACCCAGUCAGCUCCACUACCACCUCAUCGGGCCCCACCUCUGCAGGCAUUGCCUGUAUCAUCAUGACAUAUGCGGAGGCGUUCAGCUACAACAUGUCGUGGGGGCCUCUGCCAUGGCUCUACGUUGGAGAGAUAUUCUCCAGUCGCACACGAGAGGUUGGACUCACCGUUGGCGCGGCAUCGCAGUGGCUCUUCAAUUUUAUGAUGUCUCAGGUUACUCCACACGCCAUAACUAACAUAGGAUGGCGGAUGUUUCUGAUGUUCGCCAUUUUCAACUAUGCCAUUGUCGGGUACUCUUGGCUGGUUCUCAAGGAGACUUCACAGCAUUCAUUGGAGGAGAUGCAGGAGGUUUUUGGCGGCAAAUCGAUAGCAGAAAAGAAGCUUGAGGAUGUAGAGCAUGCGGAGCAUACUGGUGACGAGACUAGGGGCCAAUCAAUACCGGAAAUAGUACAACCAGUUUCAUCACCCACCAACACAACGGUGAAGGAAUGA